GCGUAAACUCGAAGCCACCCGUGCAGCAAGUCUCGUCGUUCAUCUCCUGAUAUGUUUCUCCAAUAGCAGCAAUUUAAAAAGGAAGGAGAGAUGGCGGUGUCUCAGCCCAGCAGAUCAAGAGACCUGGACAAGCUCCUAUUACGGCCCGGCCAAAUUGUUGGCCCUAACUUUGCACCCGGCGAAGAACUGAGGGAGGACAUAAAGGAAUGUAUGAAGAUUUUGGUGGUGGGAGCAGGUGGGCUGGGCUGCGAGUUACUGAAGGAUCUGGCUUUAACUGGGUUCAGGAAGCUGGAUGUAAUCGAUAUGGACCGCAUUGAGGUCACCAAUCUCAACCGGCAGUUCCUUUUCAGGCUUGAAGAUGUAGGAAAGCCAAAGGCUGAAGUAGCUGCAAAACGAGUCAUGGAAAGAAUUAAUGGUGUACAUAUCACACCACAUUUCUGCCGCAUUGAGGACAAACCAUUGGAUUUCUAUAGUGAUUUUGGCAUAAUUGUCCUCGGGCUUGAUUCGAUUGAGGCUCGGAGCUACAUAAAUGAAGUGGCUUGUGGAUUUUUAGGUUUGGCUUCACUUACUAGAAUCUGGUUCAGGAUCUUUAAAAUGGAAGACCUGGAGAAAUCUGACCAAGCAAUUGCGUUAUCUGAUUAUUGCUUUAGUUGGAAUUAGUAUUUUGUUUUCAUUAUCUCCCAUACCACUUGCAUGACAUAUUUCCCAUUAUAUUCUAUUUGAGGCCUGUUUCUCAUCUUAUUUUUUGUUCACAUUUUACUUAAGGACUUCAAUCAUAUUUGAACUUGCGCCUGUCUUUCUUGUUAUUCCAACCCGUUGUUCUUUCAUUUAUUACUUUUAAGGUCUGCUGCCUGACAAUCAUAUGUUCAGCUGUUUAGGCUCCAUAGGGUAUAUAUGCUCCUAUCUCCACUGACCACAAGAGAAUUAGAUUAGUUGAGUAACCUCCAGAAUCAGAAUAUACAAGAAAAGCUUUCCUUCAGCUAUGAAUUUGCUCAUUCUUUAGUUUGGGUGGCUCUUUCGUGUUUUCUUUUUCUAAUUGGAAAUUGCGUUCAAGACUCCUUGCAGGCUGAACGGAUGUUUGAGUUCAUAUGAAAUACUAUGUAUUACAACUAGAAAUUUGGACAGCAUCAUACAUUCUUUCUAUUGUUUCUGUAUUCUCCUCCAUUUUCCUAUUUUGUUGUUUAUUCUCAAAGCUACUGUGUAGAUCAAAAGCUGAUAGUUAAAAAAACUACUCAUUGAUUAGUGUGAGAAACAAUGAUAACUGUGAGUUGGACCAAACACUGCAUGUCCUUUGCUAAUGGACACCUAUCUCAUUUUGUUUCUUUUUCCCUUGACUGGUCAACUGCACAUAAAUGAAGAUAUGUAAGAUCCUAAUCAACCCAUAAUUAGAGGUGUAUUUACUAGAAGGUGAGCCAGGACAAGAACUCUCUCUUUCCGGGAAUUCAAUCUAAAACCAUGAUUUCAAUUUUGCAUGAACCUCUUGUUUUAUUGUAUGUUACUGAAUAUCUCCAGAAAACACUGCUCAACAGCUGUAAUGAUAAAAUAAGUUUUUGAGUUGACUUAUUUCUAGGCAAAUACUUCAAAGAAAAUGAUCAGAUUGUUAAUCCACUGUGAUCGGAAUGAUAUAGAUGAUUUAUGCAUGUGUAUUGUGUGAUUCAAGGGGACAAAAUAUUCGUAAGUCCAAUGCAAUUUAUUUUUGAAGUGCAUUAACACCAAAGAAGAUGAUUCGUCGAUAGUCUGGCUGCCGCUUAAAGUUUCUUUCUUUUUUUUUUUUGAUUAACAAGAAUAUGAUUCUGAUGAUACCCCUCGAGAGGGUACUGUCAAACCAAUGGUGGAUGGUGGCACUGAAGGGUUCAAGGGCCAUGCUAGGAUUAUACUUCCAGGAAUUACACCUUGUUUUGAGUGUACAAUUUGGCUAUUUCCUCCACAAGUGAAAUUUCCUCUCUGUACCUUAGCUGAAACCCCAAGAACUGCUGCUCAUUGUAUUGAAUAUGCCCAUUUGAUUAAAUGGAAUGAGGUUCAUGGUAGCAGAAGUUUUGAUCCAGAUAACCCUGAAGACAUGCAAUGGGUUUACUCAGAGGCUCUCAAGAGGGCAGAACUUUUCGGAAUUCAAGGAGUUACUUAUUCUUUGACUCAGGGUGUGGUGAAAAACAUCAUUCCUGCCAUUGCUUCUACAAAUGCUAUCAUCUCAGCUGCUUGUGCUCUGGAGACCUUGAAAAUCGUUUCUGAUUGCAGCAAGACAUUGUCGAAUUAUCUAACGUAUAAUGGAGUCGAAGGUCUUCAUACCAAAGUUACAGAGUUUGUAAAGGACAAGGAUUGUCUCGUUUGUGGUCCUGGCGUUCAAAUGGAGUUGGAGAAGUCUGUUACUCUUGGAAAGUUCAUUGCUCAACUGGAAGAUCACCCUCGGCUGCUCCUUACCAGAGUUAGUGUUACACACAGAGGGAAUAACUUGUACAUGCAGGCGCCUCCUGUAUUAGAAGAGAUGACUCGGUCGAACCUUGAUUUGCCCCUUUUCGAACUAAUGGGUGGAAUAUCUGAGGAUAUUGUUCAUGUUAAUGGGAUGGCUGGCAAAGGUGACAAGAAGCAAUCUUGUUUGAGGAAAUUACGAGUCUUGUUCAAGGGAACUGAUGAAGUUGCUGAUAUCGAUAUGGCUGGCGGGGCAUGAUUCUUUUCUGCUCUUGGCUUUUUUCUAAUUUUAGUGACUUUUUUUUCCUCCCAUUUUUGGAUUGUAAAUGCGAACUCGUCAAAAGCAUGAACCGGUGUGGCCUGUUCUUGAGCCCUUUGAUGAAUUGCGUUAAUUGCGCAGGUGUUAUAUGAAUUGUGAAGUUACGAAUAGAAUUGAGAUUUGCCUUGAUUUAAAGAAAAUGCAUGAAAUUUAGGCAUCGUA